AUGUUCGUUGUUCACGCGGGAUUGUGGUCCAAUAACCGCAAGGAAGAACGUAGCCUUGUAAUUAACCCAUCUUCUAUACCAACCCAGUCGACAGGACCUUCCUCUACCGUUAUGUCUUUGAAUGGGCCGACGUGUACUCGUAAUCUCAUGGGAUCGUUGACUUCAUCUGCAUACACUCUGACAAAUCAGCAUGGUCAACAAGGAAUUUAUUUCGUAUUUCAAGAUCUUUCCGUAAGAACCGAGGGCACCUUUACCCUCAAAUUUCAAUUUGCCGAUAUUAGUCAGUUGGUUAAACGUGGAGGACCCCAAAGUCAGGUACGUGUCGAAGCUGAGGUGUAUAGCGAAUCCUUUACUGUCUAUUCUGCAAAGAAAUUUCCUGGCAUGACAGAGUCAACUGAACUCUCAAAAGCUUUUGCCAAACAAGGAAUAAAAAUUCCUAUUCGUAAAGAAACUCGGUAUCGUAGACCUCAUGAUGAUGUUCGCCGGAUUUUGGAGGGCCCAAACCCGGGAAUCACAUCACUCCCUGCAUCUGGGGAUCACGAUAUCGACAAGUCAGAUAAUGGCGAAGACAAAGGUCCGGAAUACGAAAGUGAGAACGAUGACGAUGUUGAUGAUAAUAGAUCUUCAACUAAGCACAGAACGAAUUGA